AUGCAGUUUAAUCAAUUAAUAAUAUUUAUAAGUUGUUUUAUAACUUUAAUAACAGCAUUUUCAAAUACUGCUCCAUUAUUAAUAGAUACAAAAUAUGAUAUAAGUAAAAUAAUACCAUCAACUAAUCAUAUUAUACAUAAUCGUAAAAUAGAUCAAAAUUUACCAAUGAUUUAUGCAACUAACAACUUUAAAGAUGAAGUAAAUUUCAAUCGUAAUAAUAAAAUAGAUAAAACUGAUGAUAUUGUAUAUUAUCAAGUUUCAUUAAAUGAUUGGAAUAAUAUUGAAGAUAAAUCAUUUAUAGAACUUAAUGACUAUUUAUAUAUGAAAAAUGUAUUUUAUAAAGAUGAGUCACAUGUUAAUAUGAUACAAUUUAGAAUAAUUAACGUUGAACCAGAACAAUUAGAUAGUGAAUCAUUGAGUCAAGUAAUUUCUACAAUCAAAAACAAAAACUCAUUUCCAAAAGAUUUUAUUAUACAAGUUAUCCCAGAUUUUAUUACAACUGAAUCAUCACAUGAUAAUAAAAUAGAAGAAGUUGAAGAAAAAAUUAUAAAUUUAUUCAAUAAUGACGAAGUGGUUGUUAAAAAAGAUGAAGAAGAUGUAGAAGAUAUUAAAGUUCAACAAGAAAUAGAAUCAGAUUUUGCAGAAGCUAAUCGAUUAGCAGAACAAGAAGAUCAAUUAGUCUCAAUAAUGGAAGGUGGUGAUUUAUCAGAUGAUGCACCACAAAACUCAACCACAUAUAAACAUGAUAAUUUAUUUACUAAUUAUCAAUUUUUUACAAGUGGUAUUUGGUCAGGAUUAAUUGUUUCUGGAUUUUUAUUAGCUAUAUUAUAUGGUGCUUUAAGUUGGCUUACUACUUUAGAAAUCACUUAUGCAUCUUUUGAAAAACCAGUUGAUUUUGAUAAAAAAAAUGAAUAG